AUGUCGAAAGCCCAGUUUCUAAGGGAAUAUAAACUUGUCGUUGUUGGGGGUGGUGGUGUUGGCAAAUCCGCUUUGACAAUUCAGUUUAUCCAAUCGCAUUUCAUUGACGAAUAUGAUCCUACUAUAGAAGACUCAUACCGCAAACAAUGUAUUAUUGAUGACGAGGUCGCAUUACUGGAUGUUUUGGACACUGCUGGUCAAGAGGAAUACAGCGCUAUGCGUGAGCAAUACAUGCGCACCGGUGAAGGAUUCCUUCUCGUAUACUCUAUUACAUCCCGUAAUUCUUUUGAAGAAAUUACAGCCUUCCAUCAGCAAAUUCUUCGAGUAAAAGACAAAGACUAUUUCCCCAUAAUUGUUGUUGCUAACAAAUGCGAUUUGGAGAUGGAGAGACAAGUGUCUGGACAUGAGGGACGAGAACUUGCGAAGCAUUUUGGUUGCAGAUUCAUCGAAACUUCUGCGAAGCAGCGGAUUAAUGUCGAUGAAGCCUUCUAUAAUCUUGUCCGCGAAAUCAGGCGAUAUAACAAGGAUCAGCAGUAUGCCGGUCGUCCGGCUCUGAACGGGCCUGGAAAUGGCACUGAAUUUGCGGCCGGAGAGGAUGACAGCGGAUGCUGCUGUGUAAUCCUGUGA